AUGGAGGGCCCCUUGGUCACCACCACCCCUGGGGCUAACGGCAUCCAACCGCCGCCCAAGGCUCCCACGGCAACCACGAUAGAUCCCCAACUCAUAGUCGACCACCUCGCAAAAGUCCUGAGCGUCACCCUGGGCGCCGCCGAGGACGAGCUCGCCGCGCCCGGCAGCUUGCUGUCCGAGUCUGUCAUAGCCGACACUCUGCAACGGUGUACGCGCUUCGCUUUGGAGUCGCAGGUGGCACUUUAUGUCCAGCGGAUCGUCGGCGAGCAACCAGAGCCGGUAGACGUCCCGCCUCCGCAGUAUACCUACGUCCUCAGCUCUGAGCUGUCUUCCGCCGUGCAAUACGAUGCCUGUGUCGCUUUCUUCAAGGGCCCUCAGCCCAUUAAUCCCGCUUUGCCGAUUAGCUCGCAGAUUCAGAUCAUGCCUCUACCGGGAAUCACGUCGUCGGAAACUGCGCCGCCUGGUCAGAUCGCUGGUCCCUCGCCUUUCGAGGCCCUGCACGCUGCAAUUCACCUGGCGCUGGCGCCAUACUUCGAUGCUUAUACUAGAAGUCAGGCCGCGUCGCAUCCCAGCUGGACUAAGGGAGAUGCGGACUCGAGAACCGGUAUACCUGGAGCGAAGAAGAGGAUGGCGGAGCUGGAGCUGAGCUUGCUUCAGCUGCAACAGAACAUUGAAAUUCCCGAACUCGUUUUGGCCCUGCCUGAGGUGAUUCAGAAUGCGCUGGAAGAGGCGCGGGAACGUCAGGUUAAGCCAACCAUCGAGUUCAUCCCCGCGGCGCUUCUGGACGACAGCAAGUUCCUGAACAACCUGCAAAAUAUCGUCAACGGCUGGAUUAGGCAGAUUCAAGCAAUCACCAAGACGAAUCGGGACCCUGCUAGUGGCACUGCGGGCCAAGAGAUCAACUUUUGGCUGGCGAUGGAAACUAGUCUGGCAUCGAUCGAACAGCAGCUCCGGAGCGAGGGUGUUUCGCUCACCAUGGACGUACUGAGGCACGCCAAGCGUUUCCAGGCCACUGUUAGUUUCACCACGGACACGGGCUUGAAGGAGACCAUGGAAAUGGUGCAAAAGUACAACUUGUUGAUGCGCGACUUUCCAUUGGACGAGCUGCUGUCUGCUCCUAGCUUGCAGAAGGUUCAGGACGCUAUUAAUUUGAUCUUCACUCACUUGAACAAGAAGCUCCGCGCAUCUCCUUACCCGAUCAAGCGGGCUUUGGCUCUUGUGGAAGCUAUUUCCGGCGACCUGGAUGGUCGGAUACAUUACCUUCUUAAUGGUCGUUCGUUAAUGCACCAGGAAUUCCCAGACUUUGAUGCGACUAUGAGACUGGCGGAAGGCAUUUGGCGGGCAUGGGAUGAGAACGUCAAAGAAUUCACCAACGUUGCGCGUGAAGUUUCCAGGAGGAGGAACGAGAAAUUCAUCCCAAUCAAGAUCUCUCCUCGCCACAUCAAGACCCAGGAUAGACUCAAGUACAUCACCACCUUCCGUAGGAACCACGAACAACUCCAGCGGACCAUCGUCAACGUGCUUGGCUCCAAGACUUCCGCGCGGGAACUCACGGACGGUGCUAAAGGCAGCGAGGCCGUUAUCGUGGAGGAAAUUGGUGAUGUGGAUGCCGUCGAGGAAGUCGCUCAGGCGUACGCGGCAUUGAAAGAUGUCGAUAUCUUGGAUGUUUCUCCGGAGGGAACGCGCAUCUGGGAACAGGCCGAAAUGACCUACAACGAGCGGACGUCGCGCGUCGAAAACUCCAUCAUCGCUAGGCUGAGAGACCGCCUGGCCACUGCCAAGAACGCCAACGAAAUGUUCCGCGUGUUCUCCAAGUUCAACGCACUCUUCGUCAGGCCGAAGAUUCGGGGUGCCAUUUCGGAGUACCAGACUCAGCUUAUCGACAAUGUCAAGCAGGACAUUUCGGCAUUGCAUGAGCGCUUCAAGCAGCAGUAUGGCCAUUCCGAGGCGCACGCGAUGGCACAGCUUCGCGAUCUUCCACCUGUCUCAGGUGCCGUUAUCUGGGCACGUCAAAUUGAGCGGCAGCUGGAUGGUUACAUGAGAAAGGUGGAGGACAUCCUUGGUAAAGACUGGGGUCUCCAUAUGGAAGGCCAGAAGCUCCAAAGCGAGAGCAGCAUGUUCCGCAAGAAGCUUGAGACUAGGCCUAUUUACGAGGCUUGGUUGAGGGAGGUCCAGAGGCGGAAUCUAUCCAUUUCUGGCCGUCUUUUCAGCGUGUCACGCAACCGUGCGGCUGGCAAUUCGCUCGAGCUCGGUGUCAACUUCGACCACCAGGUCAUUGCUCUCUUCAAGGAAGUCCGGAACCUGCUUUGGCUCAAUUACCAGGUGCCUCACGCCAUCAACAACAUCUCCAAGGAAGCAAAGCGUGUUUAUCCUUAUGCUGUCAGCAUGAUGGAGAGCGUACGGACAUACUCGCAAACGACUCGCGCAAUUGCCGAGAUGGCACAAGUUUCGAUCCUGCUCCACGGCUACCAGAACGAUGCGCAAAGCUUGAUCACCAAGGGUGUUCCUCUUAAGUGGGAAUCUUUCGUCCACGCCUACGACCUUCACAUCAAGCCGCUUGCUGUUGCGGCUGAUCCCAGUAUGGCUACUCGUAGUGAAAGCAAGCACGUCCAGUUCGUUCGUGAGUUUGCUGCUGCGGUGUCUCUUCUGCAGAGCAAGGCCGACACCCUCAGGACGAUCCAUGCUACCAUCCAAAAGGCUCUGACCGAUCUCGAGACCUGCGAGUACAAGCACGAUUCUUUCCGUCAGAGCUUGGACGUCAUUCAGCGCGCUGUCGAUCAACUGAACUUGGAGAACUACGUCAACCUCCCCUACUAUGUCGCUGAGAUGAAUGCUCGCAUCGAGGCUACCUUGCUCAUUCGUCUUAACCGCGCGGUCACGGAAUGGAUUGAGGCUUUUACUUCCGCUGAUGGCUCAGAGGAAGAUGAGAGGAACAACACUUUGAGGGCUCUUGAGGGCUCUCCUGAGCAGCAGCCUAAAACCCUUCCUCGUCUCUCCCAUCUGAUCCACGAGAUUACCAUGCGGAACCAGGUCAUCUACCUCGACCCUCCUCUGGAGUUUGCCCGUGCUAGCUGGUUGGACCAGCUUCACGAAUGGCUCGGCGUUAUUUGCAGGCUUCAAAAGAUCAAGUCCUCUCGGUACGAGAUGAGGCUCGAGGCCACUCGUCAAGAGCCUACUGAGCAGCGCUUCGCAGAACUUCCAAGCCGUUGCACUCAAUCGCUGACGCAGGUCUAUGGCGCAAUCGAGAACAAGAUCCGCGAGAUCGGUACCUAUGUUGACGACUGGCUUCGUUUCCAGUCGCUGUGGGAUCUCAAGUCCGACCAAGUCUAUGACAUCCUCGGUGAAGACCUCUCCAAGUGGCUUCAGCUUUUGCAAGAUAUUCGCAAGACCCGUUCCACCUUCGACACCUCUGACGUCAGCCGCUCGUUUGGAAACGUCACCAUCGACUACGAGCAGGUGCAGAUGAAGGUCAAUGCCAAGUAUGACCAGUGGCAGCACGAGAUUCUUGUCAAGUUUGCUGGUCGCUUGGGUACUCGCAUGACGGAGAUCUAUGCUGAGAUUGAGAAGGCGCGCAGGGACCUUGAAGGCCAGUCCCUGGAGGCUUCAUCCACGGCACAAGCUGUUCAAUUCAUCACAUCCGUUCAACAGACCAGGCGCAAGGUCAAGUCUUGGGCUCCGGAAAUCGAGACUUUCAGACAAGGACAAACCACCCUUACGCGGCAACGAUACCAAUUCCCGAACGACUGGCUCCAUACUGAUCAGAUCGACCAUGAAUGGGCUACGCUGAACGAAAUCCUCAACCGCAAGAGCAAGAUUGUCAGUGACCAGACUGAUGCGCUCAGGGCCAAGAUCACGGCCCAGGACAGAGUCGUCAACGACAAGAUUACCGAGCUCGUCCAGCAGUGGGGUGAAGAGAAGCCUGUGUCUGGAACGAUUCCUCCCGACGAGGCGUCUGCCAUUCUGCAAUCCUUCGACCAGAGGUUGACGCAACUCAAUGAGGAUGCCCAGACAGUUUCCAAGGCUAAGGAGGCUCUUGACCUCCCUGCCAGCGGCGAGACCAUCCUUCCUAGCUUGCUCGAAGAAGUUCAGGACUUCAAGUCCGUCUGGGCUGCUCUGUCUACUAUCUGGAGCAGCUUGAACGAGCUGAAGGAUACUCUUUGGACGAGCAUCCAGCCUCGCAAGCUUCGUCAAUCCCUCGACAACUUGAUCAAGAUGACCAAGGAGAUGCCUUCCCGUAUGCGUCAAUACGCUGCCUUUGAGCACGUCCAGAACCACCUCCGUGGUCUUCUGAAGGUCAACCCGCUACUCUCUGAUAUGCGCUCCGAGGCUGUCCGCGAGCGUCACUGGAUCAAAAUUUUCCGGGCACUGAAGCCUUCCAAGAGAUAUUCUCCUCUCUCGAUGACUCUUGGUGAUGUCUGGGAUCUCCAGCUUGGUCCUAGCGAGACUGUCAUCAAGGAUGUGAUCACGCAAGCUCAAGGUGAAAUGGCUCUCGAGGAGUUCUUGAGACAGGUCCGCGAGACAUGGCAAAACUACUCUCUCGAACUGGUUUCUUACCAGAACAAGUGCCGUCUCAUCCGCGGCUGGGACGACCUGUUUGCCAAGUGCAGUGAGAACCUCAACUCUCUCCAAGCCAUGAGGCAUUCGCCUUACUACAAGGAAUUCGAAGAGGAAGCUUCUUCCUGGGAGGAAAAGCUGAACCGUAUCCAUGUCCUCUUCGAUGUCUGGAUUGAUGUCCAGCGCCAGUGGGUCUACUUGGAGGGUGUUUUUACAGGCAACGCCGACAUCAAGCACCUGCUGCCGAUGGAGUCUUCGCGUUUCCAGAACAUCAACUCCGAGUUCCUUAACGUCAUGAAGAAGGUUGCUCGGUCGCCUUUCAUCCUAGAUGUGCUGGCUAUUUCGGGUGUGCAGAAGUCCUUGGAGCGUCUUGCCGAGCUGCUCAACAAGAUCCAAAAGGCUCUUGGAGAGUACCUCGAACGCGAGCGUGUCUCUUUCCCCCGUUUCUACUUCGUUGGUGACGAGGAUCUGCUCGAAAUCAUCGGUAACAGCAACGAUACGCUCAGGAUCGAAAAGCAUCUCCGCAAGAUGUUUGCUGGUCUGUCCGGCUUGACGACCACGGAUGACUCGACUAUCGUUGGUUUCACCUCCAAGGAGGGCGAACAAGUUGGUCUUAAGAAGGAGAUUUCUCUGGUCAAGACCCCGAAGAUCAACGAAUGGCUUGGUGCUCUUGAGCACAACAUGAAGGACACCUUGGCGCAGCUUACCGCCGAAGCCAUCGAGCACUUCCAUGGCAUUCUUAAUGCCGAGACCCUCGAUCGCGCCGCUUUCGAAGCCUACAUUGCUGCGUAUCCGGCCCAGAUUGUUGUCCUGGCCACGCAGGCCUGCUGGACUACUGAUGUCGAAGCUGCUCUGCGUGACGGUGGAUCCUCGCUGCCAGCUCUGUAUGAACGCCAGGUCACCAUCUUGCAGCUCUUGGCAGCUGCCGUCCUUGUCGACCUUGAUGUCAUCCAGCGCAAGAAGUGCGAGCACUUGAUCACUGAGUGUGUGCACCAGCGUGACGUUAUUGACAAGCUGCGCAAAGUGGGCGCUACCUCCGAGAACCACCAUGAGUGGCUCCUCCAGAUGCGCUACUCGUACAAGGGCGAGGGUGACUUCGUUAAGCGCUUGCAAAUCAAGAUGGCCAGCGCUGUUUUGGACUACGGUUUCGAGUAUCUUGGUGUUGCGGACCGCCUUGUCCGCACUCCUCUUACGGAUCGCUGUUUCCUGACCCUGACGCAGGCCCUGUCUCAGAGACUUGGUGGUUCCCCCUACGGUCCCGCCGGUACUGGUAAGACGGAGUCCGUCAAGGCGCUUGGUCUGCAGCUCGGACGUUUCACCUUAGUCUUCUGUUGUGACGACACUUUCGAUUUCCAGGCCAUGGGUCGUAUCUUCCUUGGUAUUUGCCAGGUCGGCGCUUGGGGUUGUUUCGACGAGUUCAACCGUCUCGAGGAACGUAUUCUGUCGGCCGUCUCGCAACAGGUGCAGAACAUCCAACUUGGUCUCCGCAAGGGCAUGGAAGACGACAAGGCUCAAAUUGAGUUGAUUGGUCGCAACAUCAGGGUCAACCUCAACACUGGUAUCUUCAUCACCAUGAACCCUGGUUAUGCCGGUCGUUCCAACCUUCCCGACAACUUGAAGAAGCUGUUUCGUAGCGUCGCCAUGUCCAAGCCUGACAAGGAGCUCAUUGCCGAAGUCAUGCUCUACUCUCAGGGUUUCUCACACGCCAAGUCCAUCUCCAGUCAGAUUGUGCCUUUCUUCGACAAGUGUAGCAAGGGGCUUUCCAAACAAGCCCACUAUGACUUCGGUCUGCGUGCCCUGAAGUCUGUGCUUGUCAGCUCUGGUGGCCUGAAGCGUGCUAGGGUUGCUGCUGAUGAAGAGGGCACCUCUGAUGACGAGAUCCUUGAGCCCCAAAUCAUGGUGCAGAGUUUGAGGGAGACUGUGGCUCCUAAGCUCAUCCGCUCUGAUGUCGACACUAUGAUCCAGAUUGAGUCGGAGACAUUCCCUGACGUUAAGUACCUGCCGGCUCCUCUUGAAGCGCUCCAGCAGGCUAUCCACGAGUCUGCGGCCGAGCAACGCCUGGUUGUCAGCGAAGCGUGGAUGACGAAGGUUUUGCAGCUGUACCAAAUUCAGAACCUUCACCACGGUGUCAUGAUGGUGGGUUCUUCCGGUUCGGGCAAGUCUACUGCUUGGAAGACUCUGCUUUCGGCGUUGCAGCGUGUCGAAGGCGUCGAGGGUGUUUGCCAUGUCAUUGACCCGAAGGUCAUGUCGAAGGAGCACCUGUACGGUAAUCUCGACAGCACCACCAGAGAAUGGACGGAUGGUCUCUUCACCAGCAUUCUGCGUAAGAUCGUCGACAACCUGCGUGGUGAGGACACUAAGCGCCACUGGAUCAUCUUUGAUGGUGAUGUCGAUCCUGAAUGGGUUGAGAACUUGAACUCCGUUCUUGACGACAACAAGCUCCUCACGCUGCCUAACGGUGAACGUCUCAACCUUCCGCCGAACGUCCGCAUCAUGUUCGAAGUCGAGACCCUCAAGUACGCUACGCUGGCCACGGUCAGUCGUUGCGGUAUGGUCUGGUUUAGCGAUGACACCGUUUCUACGGACAUGAUGAUCUCCAACUACCUCGGCGAACUGCGCAACACGCCCUUCGAGGACUUGGAAGAUGACACCAUUUCCCCUGGUCAGAUGUCACAGAAGGCUCUGCAGGUCCAGAAGUUCGUUGCUGACCUGCUUGAGCACCGUCUCAUGGCCGACAACUUCAUCCAGAAGGCUUUGGACGGUGCCCGUGACUUCCACCACAUCAUGGAGUUUACCAACAUCCGUGUGCUCAACACCCUCUUCUCUCUCUUGAACAAGACCUGCAGGUCUAUGCUUGAGUACAAUGUGCAGCAUCCGGACUUCUCGCUCGAGGAUGAGCAGAUCGAGUCAUUCCUCUCCAAGAAGCUGCUUGUCGCGCUUAUCUGGUCUUUCACGGGUGACUGUCCGCUUGGUGAGCGCAAGGCUUUCGGCGACUUCGUGGCGGGUCAGAGCACCAUCGACCUGCCACCGCUUGGUGCCGGAACGUCUCUCAUUGACUUUGACGUCGCUUUGCCGCGCGCAGACUGGACGCUCUGGCAGAACCAGGUCCCCAAUGUUGAGGUCAACACUCACUCUAUCAUUCAGACUGAUGUCGUCAUUCCGACAUUGGAUACUGUCCGUCACGAGGAUGUCCUGUACUCUUGGCUCGCCGAGCACAAGCCUCUUCUGCUUUGCGGUCCUCCUGGUUCCGGUAAAACCAUGACUCUCUUCAGCGCUCUUAGAAAGUUGCCGAAUAUGGAAGUCGUUGGCCUGAACUUCUCCAGCGCGACGACUCCUGACUUGCUCAUCAAGACCUUCGAGCAAUACUGCGAGUACCGCAAGACUCUCAACGGUGUGAUCCUUAGCCCCACCCAGAUUGGCCGCUGGCUUGUCAUCUUCUGCGAUGAAAUCAACUUGCCUGCCCCCGACAACUACGGUACCCAGCGUGCCAUUUCGUUCCUCAGACAGCUUGUUGAACAGAACGGUUUCUGGAGAACCUCUGACAAGGCAUGGGUCACGCUCGACCGCAUUCAGUUCGUGGGUGCUUGUAACCCGCCCACUGAUGCUGGUCGUACGGCUAUGGGCUUGCGUUUCCUGCGUCAUUCGCCCCUGGUCAUGGUUGACUACCCUGGCGAGCUUUCGCUGCAGCAAAUUUACGGAACGUUCAACAACGCAGUCCUUAAGAUCAUUCCGGCACUGCGUGGUUACGCUGAGCCUUUGACGAAGUCUAUGGUCCAAGUCUACUUGGAGUCUCAGAAGCGCUUCACUCCUGACAUUCAACCACACUACGUCUACUCGCCUCGUGAGUUGACCAGAUGGGUCAGAGGUGUGUACGAAGCUAUCCGACCUCUGGAGAACUUGAGCGUCGAAGGCUUGGUGAGGAUCUGGGCCCACGAAGCCCUGCGUCUCUUCCAGGAUCGUCUCAUUGCCGAAGAGGAGCGCAAGUGGACGGAAGAGUGUGUGCACCGCGUUGCGCUCGAGCACUUCCCCACCAUCGAAGAAGACAAGGCCCUUGGAGGACCGAUUCUCUUCUCCAACUGGCUGUCUAAGCACUACGUUCCUGUCGAGCGUGACCAGCUUCGUGACUUCGUCAAGGCUCGUCUCAAGACCUUCUGUGAGGAAGAGGUGGAUGUUCCGCUUAUCCUGUUCAACGAUGUCCUGGACCAUGUCCUCCGUAUCGAUCGUGUCUUCCGUCAACCUCAAGGUCAUCUUAUCCUUAUCGGUGUCAGUGGCAGUGGCAAGACUACUCUUUCCCGCUUCGUGGCUUGGAUGAACGGUCUCAAGGUUGUCCAGAUCAAGGUGCACGGCAAGUACUCCGCUGAAGACUUUGAUGACGAUCUUCGGAGCGUCCUGCGCAGAUGUGGUUGCAAGGGCGAGAAGAUUUGUUUCAUCAUGGACGAGUCCAACGUUCUUGACUCCGGUUUCCUUGAGCGCAUGAACACUCUGCUUGCCAACGCCGAAGUCCCCGGUCUGUUCGAGGGUGAUGAGUACGCUUCGUUGAUGACAUCUUGCAAGGAAGGUGCUCAGCGCCAAGGCCUGUUGCUCGACUCUCAGGAGGAACUGUACAAGUGGUUCACUCAGCAAAUUGUCAAGAAUCUGCACGUGGUGUUCACUAUGAACCCGCCCGAGGAAGGCCUUUCUUCCAAGGCUGCUACGUCCCCUGCCCUGUUCAACCGUUGCGUUCUUAACUGGUUCGGUGACUGGUCCGACCAAGCGCUCUACCAGGUCGGCUCCGAGUUGACUCAGCGUGUCGAUCUCGACAGGGCCAACUGGAAGGCUCCCGACAGCAUUCCUGUCGCCUACCGUGAGCUCCAGCUGCCUCCUUCGCACCGUGAGGCGGUCAUCAACGCCAUGGUGUACAUCCACUACUCGCUUCACCGCUUCAACACUCGCCUGCAGAAGCAGCAGAACAAGAAGACGUACUUGACGCCUCGUCACUUCUUGGACUUUGUCGCCCAGUACGUUACGCUCUACCAGGAGAAGCGUGAAGACCUUGAGGAGCAGCAACGCCAUUUGAACGUUGGUUUGGAGAAGCUUCGUGAGACUGUCGACAAGGUUAGGGACCUCAGGGCCAGUCUUGCCCAGAAGAAGAGUCAGCUCGAGUUGAAGGACGCCGAAGCCAACGAGAAGCUGCAGCGCAUGAUUGCUGAUCAGCGCGAGGCUGAGCAACGUAAGACCCACUCGCUCGAGGUCCAGGCUGCUUUGGAGAAGCAAGAAAAGGAAGUCGCAGAGCGCAGAGAGGUUGUGCUUAACGACCUUGCCCACGCCGAGCCCGCUGUGCUUGAAGCUCAGAAGAGUGUCAGCAACAUCAAGCGUCAGCACCUUACCGAAGUCAGGUCUAUGCAAAACCCUCCUUCUGGUGUCAAGCUUGCCCUCGACGCUGUCUGCUCGCUCCUUGGCCACAAGGUCAGCGAUUGGAGAUCCGUCGUGGCGAUUGUCAGGCGUGAUGACUUCAUUGCCAGCAUUGUCACGUACAAGAACGAGGAGCAGAUGACGGCGAACCUCCGUCUUAAGAUGCGCAGGGACUACCUGUCCAAGGAGGACUUCACCUACGACCGUGUCAACCGCGCUUCCAAGGCUUGCGGUCCGCUGGUCCAGUGGGUCGAGGCCCAGGUCAACUACUCCGAGAUUCUCGACCGUGUCGGUCCUCUCAGAGAGGAAGUGGGUCAGCUCGCGGAGGCUGCUGAGCAGACCAAGGCUGAGGCCAUUGCCAUCCAGAACACGAUCAAGUCGCUUGAGGACAGCAUUGGCACGUACAAGACCGAAUAUGCGGCGCUCAUUAGCGAGACUCAGGCCAUCAAGGCCGAAAUGUCGCGUGUCCAAUUCAAGGUCGACCGCAGUGUCAGCCUACUCGACAGUUUGUCUUCUGAGCGUGGCAGAUGGGAGGAGAGCAGCAAGUCGUUCGAAACACAAAUCGACACCAUCGUCGGCGACGUCCUGGUCGCCGCCGCCUUUAUUGCUUACAGCGGUUACUACGACCAACAAUACCGUAAGGCGAUGACGGAGGACUGGUUCCAUCAUAUGUCAAUGUCUGGACUCAGCUUCAAGGCUCACAACCCCGUCACCGAAUACCUUUCGACCGCCGAUGAGCGUCUGUCGUGGCAGGAGAACUCGCUGCCAGCUGACGAUCUUUGCACGGAGAACGCUAUCAUCUUGAAGAGGUUCAACCGCUACCCGCUCAUCAUCGAUCCUUCUGGCCGCGUGCCUGAAUUCCUUCAGAAGGAGUGCAAGGACCGCCGUCUCACUGUCACCAGUUUCUUGGACGAUUCCUUCACCAAGCAGCUCGAAAGUGCUCUGCGUUUCGGCAACCCCAUCCUCAUCCAGGACGCUGAGCACCUCGACCCUAUCCUCAACCACGUGCUUAACAAGGAAUACCAGAAGACCGGUGGUCGUGUGCUCAUUCAGCUCGGCAAGCAAGAAAUUGAUUUCUCGCCUUCCUUCCGCCUGUACCUCUGCACCAGGGACCCGUCGGCGACAUUCGCCCCGGAUAUUUGCAGCAGAACUACUUUCGUCAACUUUACUGUCACUCAGAGCAGUCUGCAAACCCAGUCGCUGGCUGAAGUACUCAAGUCCGAGAGGCCCGACGUCGAUGAGCGCCGUUCCAACCUCAUCAAGAUGCAGGGCGAGUUCUCCGUCCACUUGCGUGCACUUGAGAAGCGUCUGCUUCAAGCGCUUAACGAGUCUCGCGGAAACAUCCUGGAUGACGAUCACGUCAUCGAAACGCUCGAGACGCUCAAGAAGGAGGCCGCUGAGAUUUCUGCCAAGGUGUCUGAGACUGAAGGCGUCAUGAACGAGGUUGACAACAUUACCCUGCAGUAUGAGAUUGUUGCUCGUUCUUGCUCGGCUAUCUUCGCCGUUCUGGAGCAGCUGCGUCACGUCAACUUCUUCUACCAGUUCUCGCUGCAGUACUUUACCGACAUUUUCGAGUCGGUCCUGCAAGAUACCAAGAAGAUUGGUGGAGACUUGAGUUAUGCCGCUCGCAUCGACCACAUCAUCAAGGAGCUGUUCAUUGACACCUACCGGCGCACUUCGCUGGCCCUCCUCCACAAGGACCGGGUCAUGCUGGCCAUGCUUCUUGCCCAAGCCGCGCCUUACAAGAUGGACAAGUCUCUGAUUGAUCAGGUCCUCGACAACGAUCUUCUGCCUGUCGAUGUCUCAACCGAGCCUCGUCGCAAGGACGAAGUCCUCAUUCGCGUCGCCAAGCACCCGCUUUUCAAGAACGAGGUUGAGAAGAUCGACGAGGGAUCGUGGAGCACCUUCUGCACUGAAGAGCUGGCGGAGAACUUUGUUCCUAAGGCCUGGCCCCAGGCUACCGAGAACCUCGACCAGCAACUGCGGUCGCUUAUCCUAGUCAAGCUGUUCCGUGUCGAUCGCUUUGUUCCUGCCGUCGAGCGCUUCGUCACCGAGGUGUUCGGCAAGGGCUUCCCAGUCGUCAGCGACGACCUUGGAGCCAUUGUCAAGCAGGUCUCUGCCCGCACUCCCAUCGCACUCAGCUCCUCGCCUGGUUUCGAUGCUUCAUACAAGGUCGACAACCUCGUCGAGCGCAUGCGCGUCAGCUGCACCAACAUCGCUAUGGGUUCCAACGAAGGUCUCGCAAGCGCCGACAAGGCCAUCACGGCGGCCGCGGCUACUGGCAACUGGGUGCUGGUCAAGAACGUCCACCUGGCGCCGACGUGGCUGCAGAGCUUGGAGAAGCGUAUCGACUCGCUCAAGCCGCACCAGGACUUCCGCCUCUUCCUGUCGAUGGAGAGCAGCCCGAAGAUUCCCGUCAACUUGCUGCGCGCCUCGCGUGUCCUGAUGUACGAGCAGCCAGCUGGUAUCAAGGCCAACAUGAAGGACUCGCUGUCGCAGCUGGCGACGCGCGCGACCAAGCAACCCGUCGAGAGGGCCAGAAUCUACCUUCUGCUCUGCUUCUUGCACGCAGUGGUGCAGGAACGCUUGAGGUACGCGCCCAACCUGGGCUGGAAGGGCUUCUGGGAGUUCAACGACAGCGACUACGAGUGCUGCGCCAACAUCAUUGACACGUGGAUCGAGUCGGUGGCGCACGGCCGUACCAACGUAGCGCCCAAAAAUAUCCCAUGGGAGAUGCUGCGGGUCCUGCUGUCGGAGAUGUACGGCGGCAAGAUCGACGACGAAGAAGACUGGCAGACGCUGGCGGGCUUGGUGAACGCAAUCAUGGACCCGGCGGCUUUCGAGGAGGGCUGGCGCAUUGUGAAGCCCACGCCUGAAAACGACAACACGGAACUUGAGCUGCCGAGCGAGACGGCUUGGAGCUCGUUCUUGGACUGGGUCAAUGGGCUGCCGGAGCGCGAGCCGCCGACUUAUCUGGGACUGCCGGCGAAUGCGGAGAAGCUGUUGCUGGUGGGACAAGCGAAGGAGAUGGUGAGCAACUUGAAGCAAGUUGUGGAGUUGUUGGAUGAGGGAGAGCAGGUUAUGGCAGAGGCGGCGGAUAAUUAG